AUAGAACCAAAUCUAAUGUCAAAUUCGGUAUAAACUACACUAUUGAAAAUCCCAGCGAGCGGAGCAGGAAGUGGCAGUGAGCGACACAGUGGCUGCGAAAAAAAAACAACACACACACUCGGAAUAGAGAUCAUCAUUAAUUAGCGAUAGAAAGUUCUCCGAUUCGCGCGGGGUCAACGCAACACAGAUGGAGGAGACCGCCGCCGCCUCGCCCGCUGCCGCGACAGCCGCGGGCUGCGAUGCCGCCGCCCGUCAGAAGGCCCCGGUUCCGGUACCAGAAACCCCCUCCCCCUCGGGAACCAGCGUCCGGCUGCUCAUCAAGUCGUCCAACCAGCAGUACGAGGAUCUCAAUGUGGAUUCGGAUCUCUGCUGGACGGUCCAGCGGCUGAAGACGCAGCUAUCAGUGGUCUAUCCUGGCAAACCGAAAAUCCAAGAUCAGAAGCUGAUUUACUCUGGCAAGCUCUUAGACGACUCUCAAAAGUUAUCGGAGGUGAUUCGCAGUUACAAGGAUGUCUACCAGCAGCACCACAUCUUUCAUUUGGUCUGCGCCAGCAAGCAAGUAAUAACGCCGCCAGCCAAGACAAUCACAGUGCCGCCGAAGGAUGCGGUGCCAGCGCUGCAGGAGGUCAGCGGGAAUGCAAAUGAGCUGCGACAACGUCAUCCCACACACCAGCAGUCGGCACAGCCGGCAGCCACAGCAUCUCCCAUGGCAGGUAACAUCGGUUUGGCCAAUCCUUGGACGCACUUCUGGCAGCAGAAUCAGGCGGCAGCAGCAGCGGCGGCCAAUGCCAGCGCCAAUCCCCAAGCGAUGUUCCAGCAGCAGGCUCUGAUCUACAACGCCUGGAUGCAGCAGGUCUACGCCCAGUACAUGCAGCAGUUGGCCCUGCGGUCUACAUUGCCCGGCUCCAACGAAUCCGUUUUGCCGCCAUUGUCUCAACCCCUCAUGCCCCAAGUCCCGCUGAAUGCUGCACAGCCCGCGGCAGGAGUAGUUGCUGCACCGGCAGCGGCGGCACCACCUGCUCCACAGGUUAAUGGGGCAGCGCAGAACAGAAAUUUCCCCAACAUCCAGGAGGAGCCCGAGAUGCGCGACUGGCUGGAUAGCUUCUUUAGCUUUACGCGAUUGGCCAUUUUCGUGACUGUCCUGUACUUUAACUCCUCGCCGAUGCGCUGCUUCCUGGUGGUGCUCAUAGCUGGAGCGAUUUAUCUGUAUCACAUUGGUGUCCUUCGUCGCCGGGAACGCAACAAUAACAACAUCAACCGUAACAACAAUGCCGGCGAUGCGGCCGCCUUUGCUGCAGUGCAGCAAAUUCAGCGCAUGAUGGAUGCGGCGGGGGAACGAGAAAACAACGAUCCCCAGGCGGCUAAUGAGCCUGGUGCAGUGCCAGCAGCUGGACAGGAUGCAGUCGAUGCCCCUGCUGCUGCAGCUGUCGUGGCUCCAGCAUCCGCUGCAAAUCCGGAUGCGGCUGACGUUUCCGCCGAAGCCGUGGCCGUGGAACCACCAAAUGCCAAUAACUCUGUGAUUUCUGUUGUACGCACCUUUGUCAUCACCUUCUUCACCUCGCUGCUGCCUGAGGCGCCGGCGCUCUAGAGGAUCAAUCUGUGGACAUGCAGUGGAACCCAGUGGGCCAUCCGCUAACCAGCUUUACAGCUUUACGGCUUUCCUCUUUCUAACCUCCCGUAAUCAAAAUGUUAUUCCUUUUUUCCUUUUAUUUUUGCAUACCUGAAAAUGUAGCAAAACCACAAUUUGUUUUACUAGCUGUAAUAAUCAUGUAUAUUUAUUUUCCGUGUGUCAGCCGAGUUACAUUUCGUAGCCGCUGCUCCAGUAGCUCGUAGAAUUCUAGAUAACUAAGAAAGAAAACUGUUUUUGAUGUGAAUAGUAGAAUGAUUAUAAUCUGCACUAAAAUCUGUGCCAGAGACGAACCUAUGAAACCAAGAUGCAAUUAAAAAUAAAACGUAUGCUUUAACACCAAAAAACCAAAUUGUAAAGUGGUGUUUACAAAGUGCAAUUCUUGCUAGAAAAAUAAUAUUUACUUUUCCCUAUUUUUAAAUCGAAUUAAGAAUUUAUUAUUAUACUGCUGAACUGUUUAUGUUAAUGAUUUGAUUUUCAACACAUAAACUCGUUUUUGUAACAUUGAAUAAACAAAUGUAUAAAUUCUGAAAUAUGA